GCAAGUCAAAGCGGGCGCCGGCGGCCGGCCAAUCAGGCGCCGCCACACGAGAGCGGCCGGCGAGGGACACCUCAGCCCUCCUCCGAGCACGCUGUCAGGAAACCACUGCUGCCACGGGAGAGCAACAGCUUCGAGACUCUCCUCUUGGGCGAAAGGAGACACAACAAUGAUGGUGCCUGAUGUGCGAUGGACAAUGGGCUUGUCCCUUCUAGUGUUAUUAGGGGUCAUAGGAAGCUCCAGUGGUGUCACCAUUAUGAGCAUCGACUUUGGGUCAGAGUGGAUAAAGGUUGCUGUUGUAGCGCCGGGAGUCCCCAUGGAAAUAGUCCUAAACAAAGAGUCUAAAAGGAAGACCCCAGGAGCCCUGUCCUUCCGAAAUGGAGAGCGAACAUUUGGAGAGGAUGCCCUAACAACUGGCAUUCGCUUCCCAGCAAAUAACUACUUCUAUCUUCUUGACUUGCUGGGAAAGAAAAUAGACAACCCUAUUGUGGAACUGUAUAAAAAGCGGUUCCCCUUUUAUAACAUUGAAGCUGAUCCUGAGAGAGGAACUGUUGUAUUCAGACAUAAUGAUGACACAGUUUACACAGUGGAGGAGUUGAUAGCUCAGAUGUUGGCCUAUGCCAAAGACAUGGCAAUGGCCCACACUGAGCAAAGGAUAAAGGACUGUGUAAUCACAGUCCCUCCCUUCUUCAACCAAGUUGAGCGCAGAGCCAUGCUGACUGCAGCUGAGCUGGCUGGACUGAAGGUUCUGUCCCUUAUGUCGACCAAUGCAGCAGUUGCCCUGAACUAUGGUAUGUUCAGACGAAAAGAGAUCAAUGCUACAGCCCAUAACAUCCUCUUUUAUGACAUGGGAGCCUCAUCAACCAUAGCAACCAUUGUCUCUUAUCAGACGGUUAAAACAAAGGACAGAGGAUACACAGAGACCAAUCCACAAGUCACUGUACUAGGGUUAGGUUAUGAUCGUACAUUAGGCGGACUGGAAAUGCAAAUGCGCCUCCGGGAUCAUUUAGCCAAGAAAUUCAAUGAAAUUAAGAAGACUCCAAACAAUGUUUUGGAAUCUCCCCGUGCUCUGGCGAAGCUCAUGAAGGAAGCUGGCAGAUUAAAGAAAGUUCUUUCUGCAAAUUCUGAUCAUCUGAGUCAGAUAGAAGGACUUCUUGAUGAAGAAGACUUUAGACUACAUGUAAGUCGAGAAGAAUUUGAGGGGCUGUGCACAGAAUUGUUUGAAAGGGUUCAAGCUCCUAUUGAUGCUGCACUGAUUUCUGCUGCCAUGGACAUCUCGGCAAUUGAUCAGUUCAUCAUUGUUGGAGGUGCAACCAGAAUACCCAAAAUUCAGUCUAUCCUGCAAGGCGUUUGGGGUCGAGAGCUUGGCAAAAACAUCAAUGCUGAUGAAGCAGCUGCGAUGGGGGCAGUCUAUCGUGCAGCUGACCUUGGUCAGGGCUUUAAGGUUAAGAAGUUCCACGUAAAAGAAGCAGUUGUCUUCCCUAUUGAGGUUGACUUUGAGCGCCAGGUGGAGAAUGAUGAUGGCUCCACCUCAACCAAGGUGGUGAAGCGCUCCCUCUUUGCAUUUGGCAACAACUACCCACAGAAGAAAGUUAUGACCUUCAACAAGCAUAAUGCAGACUUUAGCUUCUAUGUCAAUUAUGGGGACCUUUCUCACCUCUCCAAGGAGGAGCUCAAGAAUGCUAAUGCAGAGAAUAUCUCCCAUGUGCUGGUCUCAGGAGUUACUUCUGCCUUCCAGAAGCAUCAGCAGGAGGGCAGUGAGCCCAAGGGCAUCAAGGCUCAUUUCAACAUGGAUGACUCAGGAGUGCUGGCUCUGAGCAUGAUGGAGGCCGUAUUCGAGAAGAGCGUGCUGGUAGAAGAAGACAAACCCAAAGAGGAGGAGUCAACGCUUUCAAAACUUGGUAGCACCAUCAGUAAGCUCUUUGCAGGAACAGAACAAGAACGGGAAGGUGGAGAGAAAGAAGAAGGUGAAGAUGCAGAGGGCAAGGAAAACAAGACAGAAGACAACACAGAAAAGGAGCAAGAUAGUGACAAUCAGGCCAAGAAAGAGAACAAGGAAGACAAGAAAGAUGACCAAAAGACAGACAAGAAAGAGAAAGAGGAGGAGGAUAAGAAAUCAGGCACAGACAAGAAGAAGGAAGGCGAGAAGGAGCUGAAGCCAAAGCAGAUCACAGUCAAGGAGGAGCUGAACAUGACCAUCACCCACUUGGACGUCCCAGAAAUGACGGAGGAACAAGUGGCCGCGUCCAAGAAAAAGUUGGAGGACAUAAAUGCAGCUGAACGUGCUCGGCACGAGAGGGAAGCUGCACGCAACAACCUGGAGAGCUACAUCCUGGAUGCACAAGACAAGCUCUACCAGGAUGACUAUGAACAGGCCUCCACGGACGAACAAAGGGCAGCCAUCAGGGAAAUGUGCUCUACGCUUGAUGAGUGGAUCUACGAUGAAGGGGCAGAUGUGGAGGCUUCUGUCUACAAGGAGAGGUUAAAGGAGCUCUCCAAGCUGUUUGAGCCAAUCAAGCAGCGUGUGUUUGAGCACCUCAACCGGCCGGAAGCUGUCCAGGCCUUGACGGACAUGAUGAACAAGUCAUCCGAGUUUGUGCAGCGAGCCAGAGAUGCGCCCCCAGAGCAGCAGUUCUUCACAGAUGUGGAGAUUGACACCAUGGAUAAACUCAUUGUGGAUACCCAGAAAUGGCUGGAGGACAAGGAGGAGCAACAGCAGGCACAGGCAUCCUCUGACGAACCAAAGCUGAAGUUGAGCGAUAUUGGGGAGAAGCUUGGAGCACUGGAUCGUGAGAUCAAAUAUCUUGUGAAUAAAGCCAAGAUCACCAAAGCCAAAAAGGACAAGGAAGCAGCAGAGGCAAAGGCAAAGGCAGAGAAGGAGGCCAAAGAAACAGGCAAGAAGAAGAAUAACACAGACAAUUCAAAAAGUUCAAAAAAUAAAAGUGGAGGGGAAACCAAGCCAGACACAGAACAAAAAGAUACAAAUGAGAAAAUUGUUACAGAGGAGGAACCCAAAGUACAGGAGAAUGAAGACUCUCCCUACAUCUUUGAAGAGGAAUCGGAAGAAAAUAAUAGCGAGGAAGACAGAAGGAAAGAAGAUAUAGAUGUAGAAAAUGAGGAAGAUGAUGACAAGAAGAGCGGUCAUGUAGAGUUGUGAUGAGACCAGUCUUAUAGAACACUCCCUGGGCAGCAGUUCUGGCACCUCAAGUAAAAUAAUUAUCAAGGUCCAUUGAUGCCAAUACAACAGGAGUCUGUUUUCAAGAUGCACUUCUAUAUUGGCAUAUGUGCAGGAAGGACAUAUGGGUCUGUGUUCAGAAAAUAAAAAAGGCCCUUGUGUAUGAUAAAUUGACUUGUGUUGCCCUGUACCCUGGCCAUACCAAAUGUGUCUCCCAAAACAGUGAUUUAAGUUAGAUUUCCUCCCUUUGCUACCUCUGUAAAAAUAGAAGACAGCAUUCGACAGAUGGCCCUGUUACUUUAAUCACUCCUUUCUUCCCUCCUACUUCAAAGUGGUCAUGUUGCACAAUGAGCAGUCACGAAAUGUGACACAUACCUGUUUUUGAACACUGUGAAGUUAUUAGGUGUCUGUUUAAAAGUGUUUAAAAUGUGGAAUUUCUUGCCCAUUUCAGAGAAGUAAAUUUUACACUUUUGAUUCUCUCCUUUCCUUUUCCCCAACUCCUGAGAAGUUUGUGGAGAGACCUCUACCAGUUUGUUUGAUACCGUAAGAAUCGGAUAAAAUUAUUUUAGGUAUUGUUGCAUCUUGCAAAGCAUAAAUCUGAUUUACAUCCAAGGCCAGUUGUAUCUCCAAAACUAGAAGUUACAAGAUCACUAAAGCAGCAAAACAUUUUGCAAAUGUUGUUGAUGGUUUGAAAUACUAUUUUUCCAGUGUUAAAAGAGUUAUCAUACAACAAGAAUAUUGCAUAUUCUUUUGAAUCAAGAGUGAGAUUAUUUAUUAUCUUCAUAAGAGAUUGUAGUAGAUCUGUUUUAGUAGUGACAUGUAGGUUUAUUGUAAAGAUUCUGGUCCCAUGCAUGCUGCUGCUCUGGGAAAGUCAGGUAGUAUAGAACAUUCAGUUUGAAAUACAAACGUGCAGAUCUUUCUUGAACAAAACAGUGGUCAUGUAUUGGUUAAAGGGUAAAUUUUUAUUUAUUAGAUAGAAUUAUUUGCUAGAGAACUUAUUGACAUUCCAGAUAUCUUAGUCCUUAAAAUUUGAAAAUAGAGCUUGUUUUGAGGCUGAAGAUGUGAAACGGUGAAUUUGAUUAUUUUCAAGCUGUGUGCAAGUGUACUAAGCCAUGAAUAGUUGGGAGAUCGUAUUGUAUUUUUUAAAAAGUAAAGGAAGGAGAAAGGUGUUGCCCAAAUGCAUUUGGUGUAUAUAAUCAUUUACAAUGUUUAUGAUUCAUAACACGUUUUGCUCAAGAGGGACACCCAUUUUUCUCUUGUCUGUAUUGAAUCUUAGACAAGUGGCAAAACCAUGCAAUGAAACAGGUCAGUAACUAUACAGAUAAUCAGAAAUGUAUAAUUGCAUAAUUUUAUUGGGUAAAUUAUUAUAAAUGUUGGGUAUAGUAAUAAGUAGGAAAUCAGACUUCACUUUUAAUUUAUUUUUAUCAUAUUCAGUGAAUUUAUUAACUGCAUUUUCAUUUACAUAUUUAUUUACUUUUCUAGUACACUUUAGCUUUUAUUAUUUUUGUUUUCCUAAGGUAUUUUCAGGGUGCUGCAUGUGGUGUGAUUGAGGUAAUCUUUAGUUUGUUGAAUGUGUGUAUGAGAACUUGAAUAAUUCAAUAAAAGUGAAAAGUAAUGUGAGAUGUUGACUAGCUGCAGUUGCUUAACAAAAUAAAUGAGGAAAACUUAAAAACAAUAUAAGGUUAUGUCUAUUUAUGAAGGGAAGAAGGCCAUGUUGCACAUUUCAGUGGAUGAAAUGACAUUUAAAAUCCAAUAAGUAAACUUGGGAAUGACUUUAACUGCACAUUUCCUGCUUUUAAGAAAAUACUCAGGCAGAACAUUGCAGGUAAUGUUGGGCAUUCGUAAGAUUACUAUAGCAUAACCAAUGUACAUUUCACUAGAUACCUUUGAAAUGAUCUUCCUAAACUGAUCAUCACCUCUUAUCAAAAAUGAUUAAGAUUAUCUGCAAUUCUUACGGAAGUUUUUACCUGUAUAUCUAUUGCCAUUUCAACUUUCCAAUUUUUAAAGGGAAACUAUUAAUGACUUCUGUAAAUGAUGUGUGAUUUUGACUUGAAAGUUGAUCAAAUAAAAAACUACAUUAUCUCUUAUUGAUAUUUGUUUAUUACUUACAAAAUAUUAGCUCUAACAUCACAUAUUACUUUUUCUAAUGCACACCAAAGAUUUUUAAAAGCAUUCUUCUUGAAAUGUGCCCUGACAAUUUCCUAUAGGAACAUCCCUUUAUCCUUUGUUUUGUUCCUUUUUUGUGUAAUGGAAAAAAGACUUAGUAAAUACUCCCUCAUACAAGCUA